AUGGCUUCUUGGACACUGCUGGCGGCCUCUAUACCGUUCGUGACAGCCCUAUGGACUAACGGUUCAGUCACCGCGCCCUGCGAGUCGCCGCUAUAUUGCCAGGGCGAGAUACUACGAGAGAUUCAGCUGGCUGGAGCCUUCGAGGACAGUAAGACUUAUGUGGACUUGCCGACGAUUCGACCGCUGGACGAAGUCAUCGCAGCUUUCGGCGAACUGUCGAAACCACUGUCUAACAACACCGAAUUGAACGACUUCCUCAGCACGUACUUUGGAGAAGCUGGCAGUGAGUUGAGGGAAGUUGAUCCGGAAUCGCUUCAGACCAAUGCUACGUUCCGGGAGAACGUCAACAACACGGACAUUCGCGAGUUCUUGGAAAUCGUGAUCGACAUCUGGCCAGAGCUGACGAGAGAAUAUGCUGGCGACACCGACAAUUGCACUGAGUGCGUCAGCUCGUUCAUACCGCUCAAUCGGACCUUUGUUGUGGCUGGAGGGCGAUUUAGAGAACCUUACUACUGGGACAGCUACUGGAUCUUGCUAGGCCUGCUGCGCACGCAAGGAUCUUUCACAGAGAUCGCCUUGAACACCAUCGAAAACUUCGCUGACCUAGUCAAUCGCUUUGGCUUCGUGCCGAAUGGUGCCAGGCAGUACUACCUGAACCGCAGUCAGCCUCCUGUUCUGGCAUUGAUGGUUGAAGCUUACGUCGAGUACACCAACGACACUUCAGUACUAGGGCAGCUGCUACCUACGCUCGAGCGAGAGUACAGCUUCUGGACCACCAACAGAUCCGUAGACGUAGAAGUCGAUGGGACUACAUAUACACUCAACCGAUACGCCGUGGAGAACAAUCAGCCUCGACCAGAAAGCUACACCGAGGACUAUCACACAGCAACCAACACAUCCUACUACGCCGAAUCCGGCAUCAUCUAUCCAGCAACGGAGCUGAACGAAAGCCAGAUCGCCCAGCUCUACAGCGACCUAGCAAGCGGCGCAGAAAGCGGCUGGGACUACACCUCCCGCUGGAUCAGCAACCCCUCAGACGCCAUCGAAGACGUCUACUUCCCCCUCCGCAGCCUCAACACAGCCAACAUCAUCCCCGUCGACCUCAACAGCAUCCUCUACGCCAACGAAAUCGCCAUCGCAAACUUCCACACCCUCACCGGCAACUCCUCAGCAGCCUCAGCCUGGACCACCCUCGCCAACACCCGCAGCGAAGCCAUGGCCGCCAUAAUGUGGGACCAAGAUCAAUGGUCCUACUACGACUACAACCUCACCUCCUCCCGUCGUCAAACCUUCAUAACCACCUCCGCCAACGCCUCCAUUAACGAAACCUUCAACGCCCCAGCAGGCCAGCAACAUUUCACGCACAUAGCCCAAUUCUACCCCUUCUGGACCGGCGCCGCACCACCUUACCUCAAAAACAACCCCUCCGCAAUCCUCCACGCCUUCGAACCCAUCAUCAAUGAACUCUCCCGCUUCCCCGGUGUUCCCGCCGCUACGAACCUCGAGACAGAGCAACAGUGGGACGAACCGAAUGUCUGGCCUCCGCUGACAUACAUUCUCAUCGCCGGACUCUUGAACACGCCGCCUACUUUCGGCGAAGAGGAUCCUUCGUACAUCGCUACGCAGGAUCUCGCCUUGGAGAUCGCACAAAGGUAUCUCGAUAGUGCGUUCUGUACAUGGCGCGAAACGGGCGGAUCUACUUCGUCUCUACCUACAUUGGAGAAUAUCGAGCCAGAUAAUGAUUUCGACGGUGCCAUCUUUGAGAAGUAUGAUAGCACCGAUGUGACGGCGUUUGGUGGAGGUGGGGAGUAUACGGUUCAGACGGGGUUUGGGUGGACUAAUGGGGUGUUACUCUGGGUUGGGGAUCUGUUUGGUGGGAAUUUGACGGUGCCGGUUUGCGAGAGGGAGCUGGAGGAGGGAGGGGAUGGGAGUGAUGAUGGGAAUGGCGAUGGAGGGGCGAGGAGGAGCAGAACGGCGAAGAGGAAUGUUAAGCCUGCGAGGAAGGCUGAUGCCAGGUGGAGGAGGGAGAAGCAUUGA